CUCACCAUCCAAGAGUUUGUAGCUGCUGUCGCACAAUUCCUGAAUCCCCAUCUUGGGGAUAUUCUGAUAUUCCUCACUGAAGCCCACAACACAAAAGAUGGGCGAUUUGAUGUACUUCUCCGUUUUGUUGCUGUCUUUCCAACCCAAUGACAGCUCGGGGUCUGGAGGAGUUUCUGGGUCCAUUUCCUCAUGAAACAACCUGCCGGGUGAUUGACUGGGUGAAGGAGGAGGUUAAACGCCAGAGUAGAAACACGAGGAGUGAAGCUGGUAAAAGGAGCCUCCUGAAAACAUUGCACUACCUGUUUGAGUCUCAGAAUCGUGGACUGGCUCAGGCUGCUCUGGGAUCUGUGGAAACACUUUCAUUCAGUGGAAUGACAUUGACCCCGAUUGACUGCACGGUCCUGUCUCAUGUCAUCGGACUCUGUGAUACAAUAAAACAGCUCGACCUGGAGAAAUGCCACAUUCAGUGUGAGGGAAUACAGCGGCUGGGGCCCGGGCUGCACAAGUGCCAGGAGUUGAGCCUUGGGGAGAAUAAAAUAGGAGAUUCAGGAGUGAAACUGGUGUCUGCGGCUCUGAGGAACCCGAAGUGUAAAAUACAGAAACUGGGGCUGUACCGUGUCGGUCUCACAGAUUCUGGUGCCGAGGAUCUCGUCUCCGCUCUCAGUACAAACCCAUCACUGACGGAGCUGAACCUGAGUGGUAAUGAACUGGAAGAUUCAGGAGUGAAACAGGUGUCUGCGGCUCUGAGGAACCCGGAGUGUAAAAUACAGAAACUGCGGCUCGGGAAUGUCGGUCUGACAGAUUCUGGUGCAGAGGAUCUCGUCUCCGCUCUCAGUACAAACCCUUCACUGAUGGAGCUGGACCUGAGUGAUAAUAAACUGGGAGAUUCAGGAGUGAAACUGGUGUCUGCAGCUCUGAGGAACCCAGAGUGUAAAAUACAGAAACUGGAGCUGUACCGUAUUGGUCUCACAGGUUCUGGUGCUGGGGAUCUCGCCUCUGCUCUCAGUACAAACCCAUCACUGACGGAGCUGAACCUGAGUGGUAAUGAACUGGGAGAUUCAGGAGUGCAACUGGUGUCUGCGGCUCUGAGGAACCCGGUGUGUAAAAUACAGAAACUGCGGCUGAAAGAUGUCGGUCUCACAGAUUCUGGUGCCGAGGAUCUCGCCUCCGCUCUCAGUACAAACCCAUCACUGACGGAGCUGUACCUGGGUGGUAAUAAACUGGGAGAUUCAGGAGUGAAACUGGUGUCUGCGGCUCUGAGGAACCCGGAGUGUAAAAUGCAGAAACUGCGGCUCGGGUAUGUCGGUCUCACAGAUUCUGGUGCUGAGGAACUCGCCUCCGCUCUCAGUACCAACCCAUCACUGACAGAGCUGGGCCUGAGAUGGAACUCGCUCACAGACCGAUCUGUCCCCGCUCUCCACCGCCUCAUACUGACCCUGUCAAGUCUGGAGUGGAUCGAGCUGUUCGGGAAUCGGUUCAGUGAGACCGGAAAGAAGGAACUGAGAUCUCUGCAGGGAGUCAGACCCGGACUGAGAGUGACCGUGUGAAUAUCUGAAUGUUUGAACAUCCCCACUCGAGGGAUGGGACAUGUUGGCCGAUUCCCCACCGUCCCCUUUAACUCCCUCCCUCCCCUUAAACUUCCAUCCCGCCCGUUAACUGCCGCCCUUACCUUUAAUUGCCGUUCGCCAGGUUUAAUUCCCAACGGGACUGGCUCCAGUUGUCUUCCUGUAAUGACGUAUUUCGACCUGUUAUCCAGUGGCACAGCUUCUGCCGGAUAUGUGGGUUCGAGACUCCCCCAUGUGAUACCCGGGAAAGUACACAGACGGAAGAACCCGGGGACCGGGGCUCAGUCUGGGACACCGGUGUCCCGGGGUGGGGGGGAUGGUCCCGGGAGAGAAUCCUUUUGCCCCCUUUGCUGAGGACGGUGCAUUCGGCAGCCUGGCCGAUAUAAUGAUGUUAAAUUGACAAAUCCCUCGGCAGUGACCCUGGAUCUGCAGCGAUCCCGGACACAGUCCUGAAGUGUGAUUUUAUAAUCAUCGGUUCCCCGAUGCAGAGUGACAGUGAGAAACGGACUGAUUAUUCAAACUGUCACUCGUUGUCGCUGGUCAGUUAAUUGUGUGUGACUGUGAGUGAGUCAGGAGCAGCUUAUUUAUUCCCGCAUGUCAGCAGCUCACACAUUGUUUAAUUUACAUUUGUCACAGAAAUCAAUAAACCGCUGUAACUUCCUGUCCUGGUGCCGGACUCGAGUUUUAUUUGAGGCUUCUGCUGCCCCCCCCCCCCCCACCCCGCACCCUGUGCUCUGCAACAGUGGGUAGGAGCUCCUCACACUGACACAGUAGCGUCUCAGCUCCAGGCUGAGGGAGGUCGGACUGCCAGAGUCUGGGUGUCCAGGAUCUCAUCUCCAACCAACCCCCUUCCUGGCUGGCUAACUAACUGACCUCCUCCUGUCCCCUGCAACCAGUUAUAAUGGACAAUAGUAUCAGACUUGCGUCCACUGAUGUCCCAGCUCCCUCUGCACCGUCCCAUCACACACUCCCAGGGUCAGACACAGAGUGAAGCUCCCUCCACACCGUCCCGACCCACACUCCCGGGGUCAGACACAGAGUGAAGCUCCCUCCGCACCGUCCCAUCACACACUCCCGGGGUCAGACACGUUGUUAAUCUCCCUCCGCACCGUCCCAUCACACACUACCAGGGUCAGACACAGAGUGAAGCUCCCUCCACAUCGUCCCAUCACACACUCCCGGGGUCAGACACAGAGUGAAUCUCCCUCCGCACCGUCCCAUCACACACUACCAGGGUCAGACACAGAGUGAAGCUCCCUCCACACCGUCCCAUCACACACUACCACGGUCAGACACAGAGUGAAGCUCCCUCCACAUCGUCCCAUCACACACUCCCGGGGUCAGACAC